ACAGGCAGAACUACUGUAAGAACGAGUGUAUCCGCUCGGACCUUUAACAGUGAUGCACCGGAGGAUUAUGUGACCCUGCGCCUGUCAUUCCAAAAUCACUAAUUUGUUGAAUCUGAGGGAAAUCACAGUGAAAUCUCCACCAUGACGCUUUUCCAUUUUGGAAACUGUUUUUCUUUGGCAUAUUUCCCAUAUUUCAUUACAUACAAAUGCAGUGGAUUAUCUGAAUAUAAUGCAUUUUGGAGAUGUGUCCAAGCAGGUGCCACAUACCUCUUUGUGCAGCUGUGCAAGAUGCUGUUUCUCGCCACAUUUUUCCCCACCUGGGAGGGAGGAGCUGGUGUUUAUGAUUUUGUCGGGGAGUUCAUGAAGGCCACAGUAGACAUGGCUGAUCUUCUAGGUCUUCAUCUGGUCAUGUCCAGGAAUGCAGGGAAGGGUGAAUAUAAGAUCAUGGUGGCAGCGAUGGGCUGGGCCACAGCUGAGCUCAUCAUGUCCAGAUGUAUACCAUUAUGGGUCGGAGCUCGCGGCAUUGAGUUUGACUGGAAAUACAUCCAAAUGAGCUUUGAUUCCAACAUCAGUCUGGUACAUUAUAUUGCGAUGGCAGCAGUAGUGUGGAUGUUCACUCGAUAUGACCUUCCCAAAAGUUUCCGUCUUCCUGUCGCCAUCCUGCUGGGAUUGUGCGUUUAUAAGGGCUUUCUCAUGGAGCUGUUUGUUCAUGUGUUUCUGCUGGGCAGCUGGACGGCUCUCCUUGUGAAGGCUGUGCUCACCGGUGCCAUCUCUCUCUGUUCUCUAUUCCUGUUCGUCACACUCGUCCACAGCAACUGAACACUGCCAACAAACACCACACUUCAAGUAUUUACAGAGCAAAACCACAUUCCUAGAGUGAAUACUGUCGACUGUAUCUGCCAUACCAUAAGGGGGCUGUGAGAUGAUUACUGUUACUAGCGAACAUGUUUAUACUUCACUCAGUUCAUUUAAUAAACAGACAUGUACAGGUAUGCAGAGGCAGUUUUGGAAGAAAAUCCAAGUGGUGUAACAGAGAUACUCUGAGAAAGAUCUUUUUUUUAAAAUGACAAACUAAUUUAUAAAUGUAGACCAGAUGGGAAUAAUUAUUUGGCUUUUUUGUAUGGGAGUGUUUAGUUGAAUUAAUAACUAAAUAAACUGAAACCAUAUUGAUAAA